AGGAGUGUGGGGCGGGGAUGGAUUAGAUUAAGUUGGUCCAAAUUCAAGGGAUCACCCGCAGUAGCCUGGGGUGACAGAUCAAAAAAUAUGCUGGUGUGAGCAAGCAAGAGAGAGAGAGAGAGAUGGUCAUGCAAUCAGAAAUAGAAAUGCAGCUUGUUGCAAUUGCUGUUGAGAAUUUUUACCCCGUAAUUCUCCACACACUACCCUUCAAUAGGCGAUUGUAGUUUGGAAGCCUUAGUUUCAUCUGGCCCGAAGUCAUUUUGGAUUCUAACUUGUCCACUUAAACGGAAAGUAGCAUGCUGAUAGACUUUGGACUUUUAUGUGAUUAUUGAGCACGGGACAAACCAGGAGAAAGGGGUGGGGGUGAUGGGAAACAUCAACAAGACAUCUGGAAGAAAAAGUGACAAGGGGGUGUCGCCUGUAGAGAGAAGUGGGGCCCCAGUUGCCGCGGCCAUGCUCGGGGAGCUGAAAGAAGCAGGUGAGCUGGACACAGAAGAAGACGAGGACAGAGGAAGCGAGCCGGAGUUCGAUGAGCCGCUGUGUGCUCUGGUUAAGAACUGCAACAUGCUGCGCAACAUAGUGGGGCCUGCGUGUAUCUUCCUCAAACAAGGCUUUGCACAGAGCCAGAUCGACCGAGACCUGCGACCUGAAGAAAUGGAAGAGCUGCGUGAGGCGUUCAGGGAGUUUGACAAGGACAAGGAUGGCUUCAUCAGUUGCAAGGACCUUGGCGAGUGCAUGAGGACGAUGGGAUACAUGCCGACUGAGAUGGAACUGAUCGAGCUCAGCCAGCAGAUCUGUGGCGGCAGAGUAGACUUUGAAGAUUUUGUGGAGUUGAUGGGUCCAAAGAUGCUGGCUGAGACCGCAGACAUGAUUGGAGUCAAAGAGCUUCGGGACGCCUUUAAAGAGUUUGACUCCGAUGGUGACGGUCAGAUCAGCCUUGGGGAGCUAAGAGAAGCCAUGAAGAAGCUGAUGGGCGAGCAACUCAACCACCGUGAGAUAGAUGAGAUCCUGCGUGACGUCGACCUCAACGGGGACGGAGAGGUAGACUUUGAGGAGUUUGUGAGGAUGAUGUCUCGCUGAACAAAAGCAUCUUUGCUGCAGUGAAUGAGGACUGCACUCCGUCGUCUUGUAACUCACACUUCUUUGUGCCCCGCCUUCCAGUCUCUCAGAGUGUGAGAGACCCCUCUGUACGUGCGUUUGUGUCACGUGAAUGUUUACCGUGCUAAAGGUGGUAACAUGGAAUGCAUGGCGAAUGUGAAGAAGGAGAUUACAUUGAAUGUAACAAUUUAAACUGACACCAGCAUGCGCGAUGCAUAUUGUGUAGUAUAGGUCUAAAAACGGUAAAAAGAAAUGCAAUGAGAGUUAUUUAAUAGCACAUGGUUAAUAAAAAUAAACACGAUUGUAUUAAUGUAAUGCUAGCAAUGUAUUUCCAGAUGUUACCCCAAUAAAUGAUUGGUACUGUCAGAGAGAUAAUAUUUUUGCAAUAUUUUUAUUCCAAUGUCGUAUGCUGUGUUGUUGGACUGCAGUACUACCCAAGUGUUUUUCCAUCAUGUUGCCUUUUUUUCCACAGGCAUUUCAAUAUUAUCUUCACUUUUAGUCGUACGCAAAAUAUGCUUGUCACACAAACGACAUAACACUAAAUGUGUUGGGGGUGCCACUUGUUUACAUUAUGGCAAUAAACGCAAUACCUACAUACUUUAUUUUUCCUUGGUCUGGUGGGAAUGUAUCAAUAUUGUCUCAAAUAAAUAUAUUUUAACUCUUUCAAGAAAUAUAUGUUCUAUUUUUACAUUUUGUGCAACGGCAUAGUGAAAUACUCAUUCUAAAUAAA